UCAAAUUAUAAUCCUUCUAGUUAACUUAAACAAUGGAUAUAGACUACAGAAUCAUAAACUUGUACAAAACAAAACAAUACACCGAAUGUCUAUCCCUAUGCGCGACAGCGUUGCAAGGGAAAGACGACCGUAUGCUAGAGUUCAUACAGAUGCGAGCGAUGACGAUACAAGCCAAGAUAGCUGGGAACGGGUAUGAGGAGGUGGAUUAUGUACCUCAGCAGGAUGAGCUAACGAGUACGGCUGUGGCGAAGACACCGCGGCCGGGCACGUCAUUUCAGAGGAGUGCUAGGACUGCUCAGAACAUUAGAACUGCUACAGCAACUCUGAAGACCCGAGCGGGCACCAGCACGGCCCGCGCUCGUACCGCCCGCAGCGCCCUCAACACAGCCUCGCGAGCCUCCAGGGCCGCCACAGCCCUCGCUGGGGCACCUUUUAGCUUCACCCCGACCGUCCCACUGUCGCUGCGAUUCGUAGAUAAGGAAAACAAGCUGUUUACACCCUCCGCAAAGACACUCUUUGAAUAUGUUUACUAUUGUGAAGGAGAUGUUCGGAAGGCAAUAGAAAUAGCAUUCCAAGCUCAAAAGGCCGACGACACCACAGACUGGUGGUGGAAUUUCUCCCUCGCCCGCUGCUACUCCACUUUAGGCAUGUUCCGAAAAACGGAAGAUUGUUUGAGGCAGGCACUGAAACUGAACAAGCACGUGUCGAUAUAUCUGCGGUUGAUCGCGAUGUAUGUAGGGCUGAACCAGCCGUUGUCGGCGUUGGAAGUCUGCAAGCAGGGCUUAUCCGUGUUCCACUCGUACCCGCCGCUGCUGCUGGAACAGGCCAGGAUCCACGAUCAAAUGGGAAACUCCACGCUGGCCGUGCAGGAGUACCGCGUGGUGGCGCUCGAGGAUCCGACUAAUAUGGAGGCGGUGGCCAGCAUCGCCAUGUUCAACUUCUAUAAUGAUCAGCCGGAGAUUGCUCUACGGUACUACAGGAGGUUAUUAGCGACGAACCCACCAGGCACCGAAAUCUACAACAACCUGGCUCUUUGCUGCUUGUACUGCAACCAAUGGGACCUCACCCUGCCCUGCUUCAGGCAAGCGCUGUAUUUCUCCACCAAUCCGGACACGCGUUCCAAUAUAUGGUUCAACUUGGCGCAUGUAGCUUUGUCUACGGGAGACAUGGUGCUGGCGCGGCGGUGCCUUCAGGUGAGCCUGGCCACCAACUCGGAAAACGGGCCCGCGCGGCACGCGCUGAAGACCUUGGAUGCACGGCUGAGUGCACGCAAAGAUAAGUAAACAUGCAUACACUUUCGAGAUGGGGAGCGG